AUGGACACCUUGACUGCUGGUGAACAGCGCACCUUCAUGCUGGGCCUUCUCUGCUCUACCGAUGGCCUGAACAAUAUCAAGGUUGACUAUGACAAAUUGGCCGAAAAGGCAGGCUUUAAGAAUGCCGCCAGUGCUUCUGUCCUCUUCAACAAGUCGAGACGUAAGAUCCUGUCUGCCUUGACCGAAGAUGGUACCCUUGCGCCUACCAACGGUAGCCCAAAAAAGACUAGUGACAAAGUCACUAAGCUCCGUAAAUCCUCCGCAAAAGGGAAAGGUGCUACCAUUACCACUGAUGAGGAGUCGAACGGCAAUGAAGAAACCCAGGCCAAUCCCGUCAAGGUUCCCAAGGCCAGAGGAGGAAAAGGAAAGGCCGGGGGAAGAGUUAAGGCCGACCCCAUGGCUAUCCCAUGUCUAACGAGACACAGGAUGGUUCCCAUCAAGGGUGAAGUGUCUGUAAAGGAGGAGCCUCUUCACGAAGAUUUCGCCAAAGGUAUAAUUGAUGGAACACUCUAUUCAUAUUCAGAUGUAUCACUAAACACUCUUUGGGCAGUAGGAGCGUUCUCCAGCGGCAAUGGGACUACUGCAACUGGAAGCCCCAUGAACUCUGAGGUUGAUGAUGAGACCCUCUAG